GCAUGACAAACCCUAAAGGAAAUGCCAGUCGUGAUGGCCCGGGACCUGGAGGAGACAGCAUCAUCCUCAGAGGAUGAGGAGGUGGUAAGCCAAGAGGAUCAUCCGUGUAUCAUGUGGACUGGAGGCUGCAGGAGAAUUCCCGUUUUGGUAUUCCAUGCCGAGGCUAUUCUGACAAAGGACAACAAUAUUCGAGUAAUUGGAGAACGUUAUCAUUUGUCUUACAAGAUUGUGCGAACAGAUAGUCGCCUGGUACGCAGCAUUCUGACAGCCCAUGGAUUUCAUGAAGUGCACCCAAGCAGCACUGACUAUAACCUGAUGUGGACAGGAUCCCACCUGAAGCCCUUCCUACUUCGCACCCUCUCUGAAGCACAAAAGGUUAAUCACUUUCCCAGGUCAUAUGAACUAACCCGGAAGGACCGACUGUACAAAAACAUCAUUCGAAUGCAGCAUACGCAUGGAUUCAAGGCUUUUCACAUCCUCCCUCAGACCUUUCUUCUGCCAGCUGAGUAUGCGGAAUUUUGUAAUUCAUAUUCAAAGGACCGGGGACCUUGGAUAGUAAAACCAGUGGCCUCUUCUAGGGGACGGGGCGUCUACCUGAUCAACAAUCCGAACCAGAUUUCCCUGGAAGAGAACAUCCUGGUCUCCCGUUACAUUAACAACCCCCUGCUCAUAGAUGAUUUCAAGUUUGAUGUGCGCCUCUAUGUGCUUGUGACCUCCUACGAUCCCCUUGUCAUCUAUCUCUAUGAAGAAGGGUUGGCUAGGUUUGCAACUGUGCGAUAUGAUCAAGGAGCCAAGAACAUUCGGAACCAGUUCAUGCACCUGACAAACUACAGUGUGAAUAAGAAGAGUGGGGACUAUGUCAGUUGUGAUGACCCAGAAGUGGAGGAUUAUGGGAACAAGUGGAGCAUGAGUGCCAUGCUUAGGUAUCUGAAACAAGAAGGCAGAGAUACAACUGCACUGAUGGCCCAUGUGGAAGACCUGAUUAUUAAGACUAUCAUCUCUGCUGAACUAGCUAUUGCUACAGCCUGUAAAACCUUUGUUCCUCACCGCAGCAGUUGUUUUGAACUCUAUGGCUUUGAUGUGCUCAUAGAUUCUACUCUGAAGCCAUGGUUGUUGGAAGUAAAUCUCUCUCCUUCUUUGGCCUGUGAUGCACCUCUGGACCUAAAGAUUAAAGCCAGUAUGAUUUCAGAUAUGUUCACUGUUGUAGGAUUUGUGUGCCAGGAUCCCACCCAGCGGGCAUCAACCCGGCCAGUUUAUCCCACCUUUGAGUCUUCCAGGCGAAACCCUUAUCAGAAACCUCAGCGUUCCCGUCCACUCUCUGCCAGUGAUGCGGAAAUGAAAAACCUUGUGGGCUCAGCCCGAGAGAAGGUGCCGGGGAAGUUAGGUGGUUCUGUGCUUGGUCUGUCAAUGGAGGAGAUCAAAGUUUUACGGAGAGUGAAGGAAGAAAAUGAUCGGAGAGGUGGAUUUAUUCGCAUAUUCCCCACAUCAGAGACAUGGGAAAUAUAUGGGUCCUACCUCGAACACAAGACUUCGAUGAACUAUAUGCUGGCAACACGUCUCUUCCAGGACAGGGGAAACCCAAGGAGAAGCUUAUUGACAGGAAGAACACGACUGGCUGUUGAUGGAGCACCAGAAUUGAAGGUAGAGAGUAUGAACUCCAAGGCCAAACUGCACGCUGCCCUCUAUGAGAGGAAGCUCCUGUCUUUGGAGGUGCGGAAACGUCGACGACGGAAUGGCAGAUUGAGGGCAAUGAGGCCAAAAUACCCAGUGAUCACUCAGCCAGCUGAAAUGAAUGUUAAAACUGAGACAGAGAGUGAAGAGGAGGAAGAAGUUGCAUUAGACAAUGAAGAUGAAGAACAGGAGGUUUCCCAGGAGGAGUCUGCAGGGUCCCUUGGAGAAAAUCAAGCCAAAUACACCCCCCCAUUGACUGGUAUGGUAGAAAAUUCACCCAAAGAAAAUGCCGUGAAAGUUUCUGAAUGGAAUAAUAAAGGUGAACAGUGCUGCAAAGUUGAGACUCAGGAGUCAGCGCCUAAACUUAACCUGAUGCAGAUUCUGCAAGAUAACGGCAAUCUUAGCAAAGUGCAGGCCCGAAUAGCCUUCUCUGCCUAUCUCCAGCAUGUUCAAAUUCGCCUGAUGAAAGACAGUGGAGGUCAAACGUUCAGUGCCAGUUGGGCUGCCAAAGAGGAUGAACAGAUGGAGCUAGUGGUUCGCUUCCUUAAACGAGCAUCAAGUAACCUCCAGCACUCAAUGAGGAUGGUAUUACCCAGUCGACGAUUGGCGCUUCUGGAACGCAGAAGAAUCUUGGCCCACCAACUGGGUGAUUUUAUUAUUGUGUACAACAAGGAAACAGAACAGAUGGCUGAAAAGAAAUCAAAGAAGAAACUUGAAGAAGAGGAGGAAGAUGGGGUGAAUACAGAAAACUUUCAGGAGUUCAUCAGACAAGCAAGUGAAGCUGAACUGGAGGAGGUGUUGACUUUUUAUACCCAAAAAAACAAGUCUGCAAGUGUCUUCCUGGGGACUCACUCAAAAAGUUCUAAAAACAGCAACAGUUAUUCUGAUAGCAGGGCAAAGGGUGAUCACCAUGAGACAAUGGAAGAAGUGAAAAUAAAGCAACCCAAACAACAGCAGACGACAGAAAUUCACUCUGAUAAAUUAUCUCGAUUUACCACUUCAGCAGGAAAAGAGGCUAAAUUAGUCUAUACCAAUUCUUCCUCUGCUUCUUUCUCUGGUCCUGCUGCCACUCUUCUGCAGAAAAUUCCCAAUACCCACUUGUCAUCUAUUAUUACAACCUCUGACCUCUCACCAGGGCCUGGCCAUCACUCUUCUUUAUCUCAGAUUCCUCCAGCUAACCCCAGCCUGUCUCACCAGCCAACAGUUGUCCUGAGCACAGUCCCUGACAGUACUUCUCCCUUCAUACAUCCUGGGACCCAGAACGCUCCAAGCCCGGCGGGCCUGCCACGCUGUCGAUCAGGCACUUACACCAUUGGCCCCUUUUCCUCUUUCCAAAGUGCCGCACACAUCUAUAGCCAGAAACUGUCUCGUCCCUCUUCAGCAAAGGCAGCAGGUUCGUGCCAUCCAAACAAGCUGCAUUUGGGAGUGGCUAAAACACACAAAGAGGGGGAAGAUGGCUCUCCGUCCAGCAAACGGUACAACCCAAGUAUGGUUACGGCCGAGCUCCAGCGGCUGGCUGAGAAGCAGGCAGCCAGGCAGUAUUCCCCAGCCACCCACAUCAGCCUCCUCACCCAGCAGGUAACAAACCUGAAUUUGGCAAGUGGCGUCAUAAACAGAAGCAGUGCUUCAACCCCCCCGACCCUUCGGCCUAUGAUCAGUCCUAAUGGCCCAAUAUGGUCCCUACAGCCAGACCUCCAAGCUCCUGAGAGCCACCCCACCCCUCCUGGAAGCAGGAGCCUUCAAACAGGUGGCUUUGCCUGGGAGGGAGAGGUAGAGAACAACGCGUAUAGCAAGGCUACAGGGGUGGUCCCUCAGCACAAGUAUCACCCCACAGCGGGCAGUUACCAACUCCAUUUUGCCCUGCAGCAACUUGAACAACAAAAACUUCAGUCCCGGCAGCUUCUGGACCAGAGUCGAGCCCGGCAUCAGGCCAUCUUUGGCAGCCAGACACUACCUAACUCCAAUUUAUGGACAAUAAAUAAUGGUGCAGCUUGCAGAAUUUCAAGUGCCACAGCCAGUGGCCAGAAGCCAACUACUCUGCCGCAAAAAGUGGUGCCACCUCCAAGUUCUUCCUCCUCACUGGUCCCCAAGCCCCCAGCCAAUCACAAACAAGUACUCAGGAAGACAACAUCCCAGAGGGGCUCCAAAGGAUCCACAGAAGGGCAGCUGAAUGGACUCCAGAGCAGCCUUAACUCUGCAGCCUUUGUGCCCAUCACCAGCUCCGCAGGACCUUUGGAAGCUCCCCAAGUUAUUUUCGCCAGAUCCAAACCCUUGCCCACACAAUCUGGAGCCCUUGCUACAGUUAUAGGACAGAGAAAAUCAAAGUCGGUGAAGUCAGGGCCAAUUUAAGAUAAUGCUCACAGUAAAAGAUGAGCCACGACCACACGGAGGAAGAAACGAUUUGCCGUCCCACUGCUGCCGGGGGUGUGACGGAGGCGCUGCAAGGGGUCCAUGGUAUUUUUUUUUUUUUUUUGGCUGCCUCAGUCCCCAGAGCCUUCGAGCAGCAGUGGCAGUAGAUUGUUGCCAUUCAUCCACUCGAGACUUUUACUGAGACAACGGGAAAACACAUCGGCUGGGUUUUGAUUGAACUUGGCAGUGGGGACAUUCAACUGAUGACGUUAUAUACCCCGUCAGAGCACACAUGUAUCUUUUACCCCUUUUACCUCCCCACCCCGCCCAAAACCUGCUUAGGUCUUCUCUGUCCCUCUCCUGCUACCACACAGAGAUGAUAUAAAAGAGGCUCUUUGGCUAUUUGUAUUUUGCUUCCUCUUCUUUUCCAGAUUGCAGUAUUAAGCUUUGCUUCCUACAAGCCUAAAACCCCAAGAACAGUAUCUACCAAAGUUGUCCUUCCCUUUUUGAGGGUUUGGGGGAACAGGGAGGCAUACAUCACAAGUUUCCCAGAGAGUGGAGAAAAGUCAGUGUGCUGCUGACCGCAUGAGCCAUGGUAAGGGCACCCUUUGGAAUUACUGAUUUCUAAAAUUAAUAAAGUAAUUCUAUUUUUAUUUUCUUUUUUUCCAUUUACUAAUUUCCCCAACAAUCAGUAUUCACAUACAAGCCCGAAAUGGGACCAACGUCUUGUUUUAUUACAUUGCUGGGCAAUGUUUUAAACUUCAUUUGAGAAAUGUGAACUUGGAAAGAGAGGUUUCGUUCUUCCAUUUGGUUUCAGCAGAUGGCGGGUUCAGGCCGCUCCCCACGGGCAGCUCCUGUACCUGGGAAGCUCAUAUGUGGUCUCCAUUGUCAUCCCGGGGCAGACAGGUCCUCGAGUGGCCAGUGACUCUGCAUUCGUCAGAAUGAGGCAGCAUAGCCCCUGAUGGCUUUCUGCUUGACCUCUAUUCCCUUGCCCCCUCACCUUUCCCCAGUCCUCUCUCUGGCUUCUGUUGAAGAAGAAGUUGCAAAGUGGGCUGCAGAGCGCACUGAAGGACUGACUUUACUAGUUGACUUAGUAACUUAGCAAGUUACUAGGGGAGGAUCCAGAGUCUGGGGUUCCUGCAACAGGUUGCUAUAGACUCAGCAUUGAAACCCCAAAGGAAGAAUGACACCCAACAAGGCAGAGAGAAAAUGGACUUUAUUGACCUCUUAGCGAAUGAAAACACGUUUGAGCACAGUGAGGCAUUUUGUGUUCAUGUGAGAGAUGAAGGCCGUCACUUGCGGGAGAAGAGAGAACGUAUUCAUGGGGUUUCUGGUUAGUAGUUUGAGGACCAUCUUAACCGUUUGCUAAUUUGGUUGUGAAUUGGCUAAUAGGAGACAAAUCGGAAUUCCUCCAUGAUUCCCUAAGUGAUGUGUAGAACCGGGAAGUAAGAUGCCUGGGAAGACUCAGUGUAUGGAUCUUGUGGGAAAGGAUAAGAGGGUUUGAGCCCAGCUAAAAAAAAACAAAACAAACAAAAAAAAAAAAACACCUUU